AUGUCUAGUUCGCUGACCUUUGAUUCUCUUUUUGCCUUGCUUCUACAGAACUUUCUUCUCACUGAGAUAUUGAAGAAAGCAGGCGUCUCCUCCGCAUACCUCUUCAGUAUCAUCAGAGAGAACCGCAUUGCCCCAAGUUGGAUGGAGAUACCACUUCCGCCAGGGCGAUCACUCAGCUCUUGUCAAACAGCGUUCUAUCGCAUGGAGCAAGAAUAUACGAGUCAAUACAGACAGAGCAUCCCCGGCCCGCCUGCUCCUCUGCAGAUGUCUCCGAUAAUCAGAAAACGGCCCGCACCGCCUGGGGAAAGGCCGCUGGCAUCUGCUCCUCGUGCCAUCCAGCCAAAGCCGCAUACAGCUGAUACCUCAAGAUACUCCAUGUCUGAGGUUCGUACUGGUGUACCGAUUCCUCGUGCUCCUGAACCUCCUCGUGGAGAUACUCCUCGCAAACGCGGACGACCGAGCAAGGUGGAAAUGCAGCGUCGCAGGAUAGCUGAGGAGGCCCGAUCUCAGGCCCAUCCCGCUGCUCAACCGAACCACACUACACCAAGGCCUGGCUAUGCAGUAGGAAUUCUCCCUGCAACAUCUCCCGCUACAUCACAGACACCAUAUUCUCCUGCAAUGGGCCAGCGACCACCUCCGGAACAACCACGUGAACCCGAUCCUCCGACCCCAAUGAGUGUACAGUAUCAUGGGACCGAAACUCCUCCAUCUCAAACACAGGACAUACAGGUUCAAAGAGGACAACGACCACAGCAACCACUCAUGCCGCGCGCGGAGGGUGCCCGGCAUCUCCAGGAUUCGCCAAUGAUUAUAGAAUCAAAAGACUCGAACAGGCCAGCCCAAGAGUCUCAGAAUCCCCAGGCGGAAGCGCCACCAAGCGGCAAUGGCCAAAGGCCGGAUACAGUAGUAUCAGCAGCCACAACGACACCCACCGGCCCAGCUAAACCAGAAUCCCCUGGUAACCGGGAACUAAUUUCACCAGAACAACCCGAUACGAGCCCAGAGGAGGAUAAAGGCUCAUAG